AUUUGUCAUAUUUGUUCAGUUUAUGCAGAAUAUAAGAAAGAGUCGUUUUGUUGUUGUUUUGAAGUUUCAAUACUUCACCGUCAAAAUGAGUAGAAUGGGAGAAGUAGCGCAAUUCAAAUAUUUGGUUUGAUGCAAUCUUGUGGUGUUCUCUCUGGUUUGUUUUGUUUUUUCCUCUUCCUCUGUAACAUUAGACUGAUGAAAGCUGCGCGCGGUCAAGCCCACAUCUCCAAACUGCAUCAGCCUGAUUUAGACUGGAUGAUGGCUAGAUGAGACAGCAUAUGACUGCUCAUGAGUGUGUGCUGCUGAUAUUAUAGGAUAGUUGUCAAACAAGUCUUCGCCCGAAAUAAGGGGAUAUGAGUAUAAAGAGACUGUUUUGUUAAGGACUAAGCGAUGGAGCAGGGGUCAGAAGAGAACAUGGAGAGCUCGUGGACUCUGCUAUCCUGGCUGGCUUCUGGUGUGAUGGUGUUUGGGGGUGCGGUGCCCUACAUCCCCCAGUACCAGGAGAUCCAGAGGACCAAUAAUGCUGAAGGAUUCUCCACAAGAGUCUGUCUGGUGCUGCUCAUUGCUAAUAUACUUCGCAUUUUCUUCUGGAUAGGCAAACAGUUUGAGCUGCCUUUGCUCCUGCAGAGUGUGGUGAUGAUUCUUACCAUGUUGGUUAUGCUACAUUUGUGCUGUUCCAUCCAGAGCAGCAACCGUGUCAGUACUAAACAGCAUCACAUCACAGAUUUGGACCUUCGGUAUUUCUGGAGCUGGAGUUCUUUUGAGGACUAUCUGAUGUUCUGCUUUGCCUUCAUGCUGCUGUGUGCUUUCAUAACGUUCCUCUUUCUGGACUGGAUCCUAUUUGUGGAGGCCCUGGGCUCUUUGGCGGUGAUGUUUGAAGCCAUGUUGGGCCUGCCUCAGCUGCUGCAAAACUACAACAACCGCUCCACCAGAGGCAUGAGCGUAAAGAUGGUGCUUCUGUGGACAGCUGGUGACAUCUUUAAGACCACGUAUUUUGUGAUCAAUGAAAGCCCCACCCAGUUCUUGGUCUGUGGUGCGGUACAGAUCUUAAUUGACAUUGCCAUUCUGCUGCAGGUGGGCUUCUACGGCCAGGACACCAGAAUCAAACUGGGCUGAACUCACUAUAAUAAUGAUGGUCAUCAACACUCCUAAACAAGGACAUACUACAUGCUGCAAACCUACAAAACUAUACGCUUUUAUUUUUCUACAGUGGGGUUCAAAAGUCUGAGACUACUAGUGAAAAUGUUUGUAUUUUGCUUUUCUUUUAUUUAAUAUAACUUAAUUUAACAAUGAUAUUUAAUCAUAUGUUUAUCUCUCAUUUUAACUUAAAUUUUUUAUUAAAAAAUGCAUUAAUAAUAUGAAAAUUAAAGUAAAAAAGUUAAAUUGAAAAAUGUUAAUAAUUUAUUAGGGGAGGCAAAAAAAUCAGAUGUUUUGUAUAAAGUUCACAUGCUCAGUGCUCAAAUUAGUGGCCUACAAUUAAAGGAUUAGUUCACUUUCAAAUGAAAAUUACCCAUUUACGCACCCUCAAGCCAUCCUAGGUGUAUAUGACUUUCUUCUUUCUGAUGAACACAAUCGGAGU